AAAAAAAUGACAUCAACAAGUGAACAAGUCCCACAACAACUUGCUGUUGUUGAAAGUGGAAUCCCAUUAAUUAAAGAAGGAGAUACAAUUCUAGUAAAAUUAAAUAGUGGUUCAAUGAUUUUACAACAACAUAUUAAACCAGAAACAAAUUUAAAAAUCGGAAAGAAACAAACUUUUCCUUUAAAACUUUUAAUAGGACAACCAUAUUAUGCCUUCUAUGAAAUUUUUGAGGAAGCUUCUGCUGUUAUUCCUGGUGAUGAUGAAGCACCACAAGAAGAAAUGCAAGAUGAAGAAGGUGAAACUGUUGAUGCUAAUACAAAGAGAUUAAUUGAUAAUAACAAAUCACAAACUUUAACUCAAGAUGAAAUUUUAGAAUUAAAAAAACAAGGAGUUGAAGGAAAGGAAAUUAUCAGCAAAUUAAUUGAAGGAAGUAAAUCUUUCCAAGUUAGAACUCAAUUUUCCCAACAAAAAUACUUGAAGAGAAAGAAGAAGAAAUAUUUAACUUACUUUAAAGUUAUUGAUCCUUCUGCAUAUGAUAUUUGUGAUUUUUACUUUUCAAAGAAUCCUGAGAAAAUUAGUCAUAUGAGAGUUGAUGGACUUGCUCAAUUAUUAACUUUAGGUUCUAUUUAUCCAAAUAGAAAAGUAAUGGUAAUGGAAACUUGUAUGGGUUUAGUUACUGCUGCUGUUUUUGAAAGAAUGGGAUGUUAUGGUGAAAUUAUUCGUGUAGCUCCAGAUGAUAUGCUUGGUAAACAUGUUCAUGCUGUUACCUAUUUGAAUAUUAACAGAAAUUUAGCUUCUAGUGUUGUUAGAGAUGUUCCAUUUGGAAAACUUGUAUCUGGUGAUAUGUCUGAUGAAAAUGCUACUGAUGAAAAUAUGGUUGAUUGUUUAUUGAUUGCUACUAAUCAAUAUAGUCCAAUCUCAGUUCUUACAAACUUGUAUCCUUAUCUUAGAGAAUCAGGAUCAUUUGCUAUUUAUUCUUCAUACAGAGAACCAUUAGAAGAAUGUCACAACAAAUUAAAGGAUGACAAGUCAGCUGUUUUGGUUCAAUUGACAGAAACAUGGAUGAGAGAAUACCAAGUUCUUCCAAAGAGGACUCACCCAAUGAUGACAACGUCUAGUGCAAGCGGUUUCGUUUUGUCAGGUAUCAAAGUAAAGAUUGAUUAA